UUCAGAGCGAGGUUUUUCUUUCAUGUGGCAGCUAAGCCAAAAGCAGUUUGUUGGAGUGUGCUUUGGUUUAUCCACAUUUUGUGUAUUUAGUUUUAAUUCUGUGUCGACAGCUUUUGAUUGUACUUCCACUUUUUAAAUUAUGUGUGUUUGUGCAGGAAUCUGAGAUGAUGUUUAAGCCUGAGUCGGAUCAGAUGUGUCCAGCUCAACACAAGUCGGCGCCCUUGGACCUGAUCGACACGGGCAAAGGGUUGAAGGUCCAGACUGCUACGCCUCAUCUGGUCAGCCUGGGCAGUGGGAGGCUGAGUGUGGCAAUCACUGUGCUGCCACUCAAAGAAG